AUGCCUUUUACUGGUUCUGCUGAGCUUCGAUGCAAAGGCAACUUGGCUUUCCACGCCAGGCACGCUCGGAAUCCUUCUGCCGUGCUGGCGGCGCGCAUGAAGGAUGGUGCGGCAUGCGUCACUGGCUCCCAUCCGGGCAUCGAGGCGCUCAUUGCCACCUACAACUUGGAUGGCCUUGCUGCGUCGACCUUGAGGUCCUUGCCCAAGCACAAGCAGGACGAGGCAGCGCGGAUGGACCUCUCAAAGGCCAACCAGCCCUCGGCCUUCCUGAUGGCACAGCUGAAGCAGGCGAAGUUUGAGGAGAUUCCGGUCUUCAGCUCUGUGCCUCUGGAGCCAUUGGACUCGAUGCUCUAA